AUGGAGAUCAGACGAUGGCUCCUCCAGUUUCUUGCCCUUCUCACCAUGACCACUGCCCUUCUUUUGAACCCAUCCGCUUCCACUUCCAGCUCCAUCAGCACCGUCGACGACCUCCCCACUCUCCUAUCAUUCAAAUCCCUCAUCACGAAGGAUCCCUUGGGCGCACUCUCCUCAUGGACAAUCAACAGCAGCUCCAACGGCAGUCAUGGCUUCUGCAGCUGGACCGGCGUGAAAUGCAGCAGGACUCACCUGGGCAGUGUCAUGGCACCGCGCUUACAAGGUCUUAGCCUCUCCGGGACGGUUUCACCAUUUCUUGGGAACCUCUCCCGCCUCCGCGUACUCGAUUUGUCCAACAACAAGCUUGAAGGAACCAUCCCUUCAGAUAUAGGAAAGCUAUCCAACCUCAAAGCACUAUCUCUAUCUCAGAAUAGAUGCCAUGGGGAGAUUCCAUCGUCAAUAGGCAACAUAUCACAACUAAGUCUGCUAACCCUUUCAGCCAACAAUUUGGAGGGUAGCAUUCCAGCUACUUUUGGCAACCUUACUGAGUUAAUCUCCCUGGACCUUUCCUUGAACCUCUUGAGUGGGCAAAUCCCAGAAGUGUUGAAUCCCUCAAAAAGAAACGAAUUUUGGUGUGAAUCAACUAGGGAUUUGAGAGGGGAUUUGAGAGAGGAGUUCACAAUACAGAGAACUGGAGCAACUUCAUGA